CUGAGUGCGCCUGCGCUGUACUUUCAUUCGAGGAAGUGGUAGAAGAGGCAACUCAAACGACGUAGAAGAGUUUGUUGCUUAUUCCCCGUUCAGAGAGGACAAACCGGCCCAAAGCCUUUUCAAAAUGUCGGGAUUUGAUAGCAACCCGUUCGCAGAGCCUGCCAACGACAACCCUUUCAAUGACCCUUCAGUCACACAAGUGACCACCUCCAACAUAGAGCCAGUGGACCAGUACAACCCUUUCCCUGCCCAUCCCACAGACAACCUAGCUUCUCAUACCACUCCAGCCUCCACCGCUCCCUACCAGCCUGCUGUGUUACAGCCAUCUACAGAGCCCAGUCCGCAGGCGACUGCUGCUGCAGCUCAGGCCAAUCUGCUGAGGCAGCAGGAAGAGCUGGAGAGAAAAGCUGCCGAGCUGGACCGCAGAGAGCAGGAGAUACAGAGCAGAGGCCCCACAGGUAAAGAGAACAACUGGCCUCCACUUCCCAAGAGCUUCCCAAUCAAACCAUGUUUCUAUCAGGACUUCUCCGAAGAAAUCCCCCCAGAGUCCCAGAGAGUCUGCAAGAUGAUAUACUAUCUCUGGAUGUUCAACUGUGUGACUCUGUUCCUCAACCUGCUGGCCUGUUUGGCCUUCUUCACCACUGCAACGUCCUAUGGUGUGGAUUUUGGUCUCUCCAUUCUCUGGCUUGUCCUCUUUGCUCCCUGCUCCUUCCUCUGCUGGUACCGGCCCAUCUACAAGGCCUUCAAGACUGACAGCUCCUUCAGCUUCUUCUUCUUCUUCUUUGUGUUUUUCUGCCAAGUGGUGAUCUUCAUCAUCCAGUCUGUAGGCAUCCCCAAUUGGGGCAACAGUGGUUGGAUCACUGCCUUCACUGCCAUCAGUACAAACAAAGCAGUGGGAGCCAUCAUGAUUGUAGUGGCCAUCCUCUUCACCAUCUGCGCUGUGCUGUCAGUCAUCCUGCUCAAGAUGGUCCACAGCGUAUACCGCCGGACCGGGGCCAGUUUCCAGAUGGCGCAGCAGGAAUUCUCGCAGGGCGUCUUCACCAGUAGAACCUUCCAAACAGCUGCUGCUGGAGCAGCAUCCUCCGCUGCACAGGGAGCCUUCCAGAGAAACUAACUAAUGGAAGACCGAGCGAAGCUCCAUUUAUUUAAUGGUCUAUAUGUUAUCAGGUCUAGAUGAUUCAGUAAAAAAAGAAAAAAAAAAAAAGAAUCAGGAAGUUGAGGUUCAUUGAGAGUUUUUGUGACUCUGUAAACUGGUCUUCUGUAGCCAGAGGCUGUAUAAUCUAACCUUUUAAUGUAUGGACCUUGAGCUAGGUGAGGCUAUAUUAUUAGCCUCCCUCCUUUCACCCCAACUAUCGAUGCACAUGUAGUUCCCCAUGUUAACUUUGCUUCUCACAUUCCGCAUGUCUCCUGCAAAGUGACUGCGUCGGCUCUGUUUGUAAAAAGCAGUUGAGGGGAAAGUCACAUCAAGUGCAUUCUGGGGUGGAAAGCAUGAAUGAAGUUGAGUGAUAGCUAUUUCAGUUUGUCCUGGCUUUGUAUAUUUUGUGCGCACUUUUUUGGCAAUGCUCUUCUGUGUGUGUGUGUGUGUGUGUGUGUGUGUGUGUGUGUGUGUGUGUGUGUGUGUGUGUGUGUGUGUGUGUGUGUGUGUUGAUCACAUGUCUUCAUGUGGGUGCAGUACACUUUUGUUUCUCCACAUCACUAUUGGAUCCUGUUAUAUAAACAAGAUUAAGUGUUUCUGCAUUUUUGUUAUGUCUCCAAGGCAUUUCUAAGAUGUUGAACCUAUUUUGGCAAAACAUCUCUUUUGUGUGUCACAAAGUUUCAGUCUAAUAAGGAAGAAAAGUAACCGAUAAAUCAUGCAGUUUAUUGUAAUCUGUCUGGCCUUAGACUUUGGGAUGUUACUGUAACUAUUCAUUUAAAUCUGUGGUUAAUUAUUCAAUAAGAAAAAAUACUCAAACUGCCCCC